CACUGGGCCCCAGUCGGAGAUUCCCUGCCAACACCUGGCAAUCGCCGAGGAACACUGACAGGGGAGAGGUCUGUAUCAUGCUGCUUUGGAUUUCUAUGCAUAGCAGAGCAAUACCAAGCAGCAUGCUUGUACAGUAAAGCACACACAGUACAGUUUGUAAAACAGCACACAGUUAACCCUUUGAUUGCCCCAGAUGUUAACCCCUUCCUGCCCAGUGUUAUUAAUACAGUGCCAGUGCUUUUUAUUAGCACUGAUCACUGUAUUUGUGUCCCUGGGGAUGUCAGUAGCAGUUAGUCAGUUCCACCCCAGUGUCAGAAUGCCCGCUGCAGUCCUGCUAUAA